CUCAAAAGUCUCAUCGCGCCAGGCUGCGUUUGCGGAGGUGCUUAUUGUCCGGAACGUUGGCACGCGAGCAUAAACUGUUAUUGCCGCUUAUGCACGGAGGCGCGCGGAUACUCAGAGCGAAAGGUCCACGUUCUCCUGGUUUCACUUAACGCGUUAGCGCUUAUCGCUCGCGCCUUACGUGUUUUUGAAUUUCACGCGCGGAACAGGCAGACCAGAGCCGAGAGUCUCCCCGCGCGCGCAGGUCCCGCUCACCUGAUGGACUAAACGUGCAGGUUCAGGGCUCCUAAUUUCAUCUGCACUGUAACCUCGGGACUACCAUGCUGGACUCCGCCGUCACGAGCAAGAGCGGGAUGGUGACAAAGGUCCACACGCGCAUAAGGACUGACCUCUUUAAGAACAACUACGACCUCGUGGGCAAGGAGUUGGGCAGAGGCAAAUUUGCUGUGGUGAAGAAGUGUGUGGAGAAGUCCACAGGGCAGGAGCGGGCGGCCAAAUUCCUGCGGAAGCGUCGGAAGGGCCAGGAUUGCCGGGGAGACAUCCUGAACGAGAUCGCUGUGCUGGAGGCGGCCAAGGCCAACCCCUACGUGGUGGGUCUGCACGACGUCUACGAGACCAGCACGGAAAUCAUCCUGGUGCUUGAAUUUGCUGCUGGGGGGGAGAUCUUCAACCAGUGCGUUGCCGAUAAUGACGAGGCCUUCACAGAGAAAGAUGUCAUUCGAUUGGCUCGACAGAUCCUAAUGGGCGUGGCUUUUCUACAUUGGAACAACGUUGUCCAUUUGGACUUGAAGCCUCAGAACAUCCUUCUAACCAGUGCACAGCCUCUGGGUGACAUCAGGAUUGUGGAUUUUGGACUGUCACGCUGCGUGGACGCCACGUCGGAACUGCGGGAGAUUUUGGGCACUCCGGAGUACGUCGCUCCUGAAAUUCUCAACUAUGAACCAAUCAGCACAGCUACAGACAUGUGGAGCAUCGGUGUGCUGACCUACGUGAUGUUGACGGGCGAGUCGCCCUUCCUGGGAGAGGAGAAGCAGGAGACGUUCCUCAACAUCUCCCAAGUCAACGUGGACUACUCCCAAGACGUCUUCCAUGGAGUCUCCGCCCUUGCCGUGGACUUCAUCCAAUCGCUGCUGCAGAAGAACCCGCGGAAGCGGGCGACGGCGGAGGAGUGUUUGGACCAUCCCUGGCUAAACACACAUCUGACCUCCCUUGCUGCUCCCACCAUGCCUGAUGAGCAGGAGGCCAGCCAAUCAGAAUCUGAGCCCGAGAGCCCCGCCCCUUCCCUCGGGCUGGUCAGUCCUCCGUACCCCACAUAUCCCACAUACCCCGCGCAGGGAGAGUUGAAGGCGGGCCGAGAUGCAUUCAGCUUCUCCGAGCCGUUCCCCACCCGGACGGACAUACAGCCGGAGCUCAUCUGUUAAAGAGCGACGUGUGUGUGAGAUGAGGCUGGAGUUGUGAUGUCUCCCUCACAUACACCAAGAAUCAGCUCAAACUGGCUUCAAUUGAUUUCAGUUUGACAUAGGUGGUCCAUUCAGGUGUUUUGGGUCCCAACUGUGUGUGCGUGUGUGUGUGUGUGUGUGUGUGUGUGUGUGUGUGUGUGUGUGUUGCAGGUUAACAUGCUUGUCUAUGAAUUUCUUUGGGUACUGUGAGUAUGAGGGGAUGUGUUGACACUCCUGGUUUAUAAAUAUUAACGCGUGUGUGUUUUGACAUGCAGGCGCUGUUAACCAACCCUUCCAAAGCCCAGAAUAAAGAAAUUAACUUAAUAAAACUUUUAAAGUACACCGCUGGGCACUUGUGUGGUCAGCCAGAAUUAAACAAGCAGGUCGUUCUAUUUAUGAUGGUGUUCUGCGCACACACAUGCGGUCUCUGGCCGUCCGUUUGGUGUCAGCAGAAACUUCUAGAGGAACUGAUGAGGAACUGACUCUGGAUCUGCCUGGUGCACGCUUAGAAGAAGCAGAGCUAAACCCUCAACACCUGUAAAUGUUAACAGAAGCCUGAGCAACACGGGUAUUGACCUGUCCAUCUGCUGAACACCCAUCCCCCCCAGAGGGUGGAGCUCAGAGACUCUCCUGUCCUGUCCAAUACGCCAUGCGAACGGUUUGCAGUGAAGCUUCUAAAGAACUGAAUUUAAGUUUUGUUCAAGCACUUUUAAAAAAAUAUAUAAAUAGAAAAAAACUAAGUUCAUAGUGAGUGCUGAACACAACUGACUAGUUAGAGAUGAUCUCACAUGUUCACACUCCACCUACUGUAACCUGGUUCUCACGACUGUGUUCACACUCCACCUACUGUAACCUGGUUCUCACGACCAAGUACCGUAAACCCCACCCUUCUGUAAACUUGCUUGGAACGUUCUGCUGUAGUUGCACAUCACUCCAGUGUAGUACUUUUGUUUUACGGGACGUUAUUUUCCGUCUCGCCACACCAACCUUUUUUACAUCUGGAUGUUUUGUUUGUAACGUUUGUGCUGUUUGAGCAUACGGAGCGAAGAAAACGUCCCCCUCCCUGUCUUGGAGAAACGUCAUCCUGUGGAGUGUCUGGAGAAACAGCAGUGACGAUGGAUGAUGGUUUUUAGGUGACGCUUGUCCAUGUGAGGUCACUGGGAACUGACCUCUGUGCCCCUGGGAACUAUGGGACAUUAGAUAGCACUGUGUGUGUAUGUGUAUUUAAUUUAAAAAAAGUAUACAUUUUUGGUUUUAAAAGAACAUUGUGUAAUAUGUGUAUUUUUCUAAUUUUCUUUGUAUUUUGAAGAUGUAAAAAAUCUAAAGAUUGUUGUAAUUAGAGUUUUAAACUUUUCUCUUGUCCUUGAGCAAGUGGAUUAACUUCUGGUCCAAUAACAACGGCAUUGCUGGCAAAGUACUGAACAAUAAUAAAAAUGUUUUCUAUCA